AUGGCUGAGGCGCUGAUCAGGGGGCUUCCGAUCAUCCUCAACGACUAUAUUCCAGGACAAGUAUGUAAAUUCCACUUCUAUCUGUACUCUGUUUUCGAAUUAACCCCCUCUGCUGAUCGGUCAGUUUUGAAGAAACAGUACAAGAAAAUGGCGGUUUUGCUUCAUCUGGAUAAGAAUAAGGCAUUUGGUGCAGAUGAGGCGUUUAAGCGUGUUUCUGAAGCGUGGAGUGUGUCCUCGGAUAGCUCGAAGAGAAACUGUUAUGAUGUGAGGAUAAAUAGGCAGUUUGUAGCGAUGGUUUCGCAGUUUGUUAAUCUCGAUACGUUUUGGACUGUUUGCACGCCGUGUCGGGUGCAGUACGAGUAUCUUAGGAAGAUGGUUAACCACUUUGUUCAGGAGUUUAAGAGAAAGAACAAGAAGGAUAUCGGUGGGAAUCCAAGAGCUUGA